CAAUCUCAGGGGUUUAAACGAGAUGACGGUGUCUUAGUCAUUACGGAAUAACAAUCGAGAGGGUGAAACACCGUGCAUUUACUUGCAUCCUAGUUAUACUCCGUAGUCAACAUUCGACCGUACCCAUAUCUCCAGUGCCUCCGCAAGUGCGAGCUGUUCAACCAUGCCAACUAAGAUAGCCAAGAAACCAAAAGCACCUGCUGCUCGGACACAUCAACCGUGGUCGUUCAUGGCUUGAAGGCCGGUUUGGACAUGUCAUAGAUGAUGGAGGUGGUGCCAGGCUAACCACUGCUCGGACAAGGCAUUGGCCUUGUACAUGUCAUACAAGGGUUUCUAUGAAGAUUUGGGAUCGGGUUCGGUUGACAGCAUCCGUGCAGCUUUUAAGUGGCAAUGCAGGGAUGGGCAGAUGUACAAGGGGCCAUGGAAGUGUGACCACCAGACUAAUCAAUGUGAAGGGAACCCUGCAAUGUCUGGCGAUGAGCAAGCCGUACAUGGAUCGUUUGCUGGGAUGGUCAAUAGCAACUGCAGAAAGCUCCCUUGUCAACGCACCGCAGUUUGCUGGUGCUGCUCCCGAUGGUAUCCUUUUCCGUGUGCUUUUAUCACUAUUUGAUGGGCCUUCAAUGCGGCUGCAUGGACACUUUGGACAAGGUGUGUAUAUAUGACCCCGCCAUUCCUACUCGUUGACGUCCUCAAGCGCUAUCUCCAAGGCACAGUGCUGACCACGACAGAGUCCCAGUUUUAUUUUGAGGUCGUGCCAUUAUCUCUAUUCCCAAGCUAACACUGCACCAGGCAAUAGAUACAAUGUUUACCCCCAGCCAGACCUCUUCUCGUGCGAUUGCUUCUUCUGGCUGCUUGUUUGGAUUCGGUUCCUUGAGGUUUGCCACUUUAACAUCCGAUACUGUCCAAAAAUGGAUCACGGAGUCCACAUCCGGUGCUGGCAUUGGACGUGUAUCAACGGCAACAUUCUCUACACACUGCUUCCGCCGAGGUGGUGCGCAGUAUCGUUUCAUGCACGCAAAGGUUGGGUCACGUUGGCCUCUAAAUCGGGUGCGAUGGUGGGGUGGCUGGGCAGAAGGCGAGUCGGUGAGCAGCAACGUCACAACAAGAAAAGUCAGAAUACUCAAAUAUAGAAAGCGGGAUACACUUAUUCGCUAUUUGCUUGAUGAGCUCCACUGCUAUGAAACAGAUCAUAGCAACGCGCUAUGUCCAACACAAGUCAAGUCCACAACGCGUUGACCUCAGAUAUAGACACAGUCAAGGAGGAUGUGCGAAAGCUUCGAAGCUGAAGCUAAUUUUUUGUAGUGCCGCCAGCAUUUGCUUUCUGCACCAGCACCGAUUGCAAACUCUUCAUCCCUUGUUCCUCAUCUUGCGAGGUCCGCAGUAACCUUCCUCAAUGGUGAUAGCCAGCAUUGUCUCUUCAAUGAGUGUGGCCGCCAGGUUUCCACAGGCAUCCACCAACAGUCGGCAGUAUCCAAUGCAAAACUACCGCAAGAGGAUCUUGUGAUCCCCGAUAUUCCCGUGCGUCGCGCAUAUGGCAAGCAGCUGCCUCUGAAGAAGUGGCCGAGAGAAUGGCUGAAGGGCAAGAACCGAGUGCAUGCAGUCAAGUACGCACAGCGUCGACGCAUUGCGCUGAUAAUCCAAAGGUACCACAAUGACGAGGCUACGUUUCUCAAAGCCUAUCCCGCGGCAUUGGAUGGCCAUACUGCGCUUUUUGAGGCCAUUACGGAGGACAUGAAAACUCGUGGGGAGAUCCAGGAACGAAGGAGGAGUGGAGGGGUGCUAGACGAGGGGAACACAGAGGGACUCUAGGUUUGAGGUGGUGUGCGAGAGGGUCCGUGAGAGGAGUAAUACGAAGUAACCCAACUAUGCACACUUCCAUAUCAUAAUGAGGGCGGUCCGAUGUACCUGCAAUAGGACCGGCAGGAUAUGAGUCGAAGGACAGUACAUACCUGAUACAUUGAUGCUCCAGGGCUUGACCGCGGGCUCUGUGCGCGUACGUUUGUCUCGCGUGUAUGUUCUUCCCCC